AUGGUGAAGUACACUGCUGUGGAAUAUGCGGAUAUGGUGUCCAUCUAUGGUGUUGCGAGGGGUAAUGGCUUGCAAGCAGCACGGUUGUACGCGGAACAGUACCCUCAACGAAGGGUACCUGAUUCACGUACAUUCCGAGACGCCCUCCAACGUCUUCGGGAAGGCAAUAUUCUCCCGCGAUAUGGGGGGGAAGGGCGUCCGAGACAUGCUGCUGGGGUUCGCGUGGAGGAGGCGAUCCUGGAGGCCGUGGAGGAGGAUCCCGAACAAUCGAUCAGCAGCAUCGCGGCUUCACUGGGAGUUGGAGAGAGCAGGGUCCAACGAGUUUUACGGGAGGAAGGCUUUCGCCCGUGGAAAUUCACCCCGGUCCAGGACUUGAAGCCGGAGGACCUCCCGAAGCGUGUGGCCUUCUGUCGAUGGCUCCUCGACAGAAGUGAAGAGCCAGACUUCCUCAGGAACAUGUUAUGGACGGACGAAAAACUUUUUGCGAAGAAGGGCAUCGUCAACCAGCACAAUGAGCAUCAUUGGGCGGUUGACAACCCCCGACUCGCAAGAAGUUCAAAGUUCCAAUAUCGCUGGGGAACGUUGAAUAUCUGGGGAGGAAUCCUGGGCGAUGAAGUCCACAUUCAUCAUCUUCCAGGACGUCUGGACGGUGGGAACUAUUUGGGGUUUCUCCAGGAGCAUCUUCCGGGGAUAGUUGGUGAUGGCCCGGAUUCCCGAGAUGUGUGGUUCCAGCAUGACGGAGCACCAGCCCAUACCUGCGUUCCGGUGGUCCAGCAGCUGAAUGAAUGGUUUCCCCAGCGUUGGAUCGGGAACCGGAACGACCGGGACAGGGCCGGACACCGCCAACCGCCCGUUGCGUGGCCCCCACGAUCUCCAGAUCUUACCCCACUCGAUUUUUUCUUGUGGGGUACUCUGGAGUCGCGCGUCCACGCUCAUCACCCCGCGAAUCAGGAGGAAAUGGUUGCACUGCUGCACGCUGCAGUUGCAACUAUCACUCCUGGUGAACUGGAGCGAAUGCGGAGCAAUCUGCUUCAACGGGCCCGACUGUGCAUCGCCGCUGGAGGUGGACAUUUUGAGAACCACUUAUAG